CUACGAAAAGUGUUUUUUUAUUGUGAGAAAUAUGAAGUGCUUAAACUUAUAGUAAAAUCAAAGUGUGUAAUGCAAUAGUGGAAUAUUUCUUUAUUUUCAGCUUCUCAGCAGAACCGGGCAGAAUGGAAACAUUGGCCACAGAACCACCGACAAAAAAAGUAAAAACAGAGUGCUCUAUAGUCAAUACUAUAGACUAUUACAUUGAGAGUAUAAAGCAAAGAAAAAGUAACCUUGUUGCAGUAUUGCAAGAUGAUUUAUUUCAACCAAUUCCCUUGAUAAAGAUAUACAUUGGACAUAUAAGGGAUUUAAAAGAUAUCUCGAAAGCAAUGGCUGUACUAAGCGAGAAAAUACCGUUAAAAGAAUUAUCGCACUUAAAAAGAGUUCGCAAAAGGGACAUAGUCCUAUGCCCACUACAUUUUUUAAAAGGCAUGUCGUCAAUACAAGAAUAUAUAGAAAGUAAUGUUGAAGAAUUGAAAGAUAUGUUUGAAUAUUUUAAAGAAGUCGACGUGCCAUUUACACCACCGAUGUUGACGAGCCAUUUCAGAGAUUGCAGUAAGUUAUGGUCCUGCAAUUUUCAUCCGAACAAAUAUUUAGAAAGAUUAGUUGACGGCAACAUCUUUAGUCAAACAGAAAAUGAUGAUCACACCAAGUUUAUGACCAUGGCUUUUGAGGUAGCAAAAUGGUAUACCAAAGACUCUGAAGUCGAUAUGUCAUGUCUGAACGCAGCUAUAGUCGUCGAUCCAACUUUUAAUUCAAUAGUCGCCGCUUCAUUUGACCACAGACUAGAGCAUCCAGUGCAACAUGCCGCCAUGUUGGCCAUAGACAACGUAGCGAAGUCUCAAAAUGGCGGAGCGUGGGGGGAAAGUAAAGCUGAGGUUAGACUGCGUGGCAUAGACGAAAACUUAUUGGAGGUUUUGAGAAAAAAGUUUCCUGUUGCAGCUUUUGGAGUGAAACCUGCUUUUAACGAUAGGGGGCCUUAUUUGUGUACUGGAUACUAUGUUUAUCUAAUAAGAGAGCCCUGUUUAAUGUGUUCUAUGGCAUUGGUACAUGCAAGAGUGAAAAGAGUAUUUUUCAGUCUUCAGAACAACUCGUUGGGAGGACUCAAGUCUCGUGUCAAAUUGCAAACUGUGACGUCACUGAAUCAUCAUUUUGAAGUUUUUACUGGUUUUCUGGAAUGAUUGUGUUUAGUUAUAAGCAAUAAAUGAGGAUCUAUCGGUUUUA